GUAGCCUUCAUCCAUAUUUCGUAGUCCUACUUUUUCUUUCCCUAUUCCAGAGAUGACUAUUUUCUUUUGUAAGCCUACGUUCGGAUGCGCGUCAAAAAAUUCAUGAUGGGAAUAACAUAUAGAAAGUGCUUUUUUAAAGUGCUUUAUUAAAGGGUAAAUAAGAAGUGCUUUUGGUCGUGUAAUUGACUAUAAAAAAGCACUUUGGAAAAUGGUAAUUAUAUUAUAUACCAAAAUGUCCUUUUGUUUGAUGCUUGCUUUGCUCCAGUCCUCACCUCUGUUUCUGGCCUAAUAUGUGGUUCCUUGCUCCAGCCACUUCCACUUCCAUUUGUGCUUCUCUAAUCCACACCCACAACUCCAUCAUUGCCUCUCUCAAGAGAAGAGAGAAGCUAGAGGGUGCUUUCGCGAUAGAGAUUUGGGAUUGUGCACCAGAAUGUCUAGGAGUAUAGCUACUAGUGAUGAAAGAGAGAGGCAAAUCAAGGCUAUUUGGGAUGAUGUUACUCUUGAUUCCUUCAUACAUGUAUGUGUUGGUGAAACUUUAAAUGGGAAUAGACCUCGUGGUCAUUUUAGUAAGAUUGGAUGGAGAAAUGUGGUUAAAAACUUCURUGAAAAGACCGGAAGAAAUUACGGAUACAAGCAACUUAAGAACAAAUGGACAACACUCAAGAAAGAUUGGCAAGUUUGGAAUGAUUUGGUUGGAACUGAGAAAGGAUUAGAAUGGGAUCCUUUAAGACAAACAAUUGAGGCAACUACUCAAUGGUGGGAUAACAAAUUAAAGGUUCUUCCUGAGGCUGCCAAAUUCCGUGCGAGAGGACUACAAAAUGUUGAGCUUUUAAACAUUCUUUUCAAGGAUGUUGCGGUCGAUGGAGGAGCAUGGGCCCCAACCCCAUCGCAAGUUGUUUUACUUGAUGCUACGAGCGAUAAGGUCGAAGAUUAUAAUGAUGAUACAAUGGGAGACACAAACAACGAGAAUGAGGAGUUUAACAAUGUUGAAAGUAACACUAAUGAGGUUAAUACUAGUGGAACCUACUACACUCAAGGGAGCGAGAAGAAGAGGAAAAAGGUAGAUUCAAAGGUUGGAUCUUCUAAGUUGUUUGAUGCAUUAGAUCGUCUUUGCGACGCCAUAGAAUAUAGAAGAAGAGAUUUACCAGGAUGCAGUACUCUUGAAGUUAUGGAUACUUUAAGAGGCCUACCUGGGAUAAUAGAGGGUGAUGAGUUGUAUAUGAAGGCUGCUGACAUCCUUAUCAAAAGAGAAAAUAGAGAAAUGUUUGUUGCUUUACAAAAGCCUGAGAUACAAAUCACAUGGCUUAAGCAAAAACGAUUUUGACAUUUUAAUGUUAGGCUUGUAAAUUUUCAUUUUUCUUCCUUUUAUUAGGACCACUAUUUUUUUUUUUUCCAAUUUUUAGUGUUCUAGAUUUUUCAAUAGUUGAUUUUUUUUUUCUUUUCCUUUUGUGGUGUAGAUAGAUCAUGUAUAUAAUACUAUCAUAUUAUAUGAUUGUGCUGGUAGAGUUUAAGAAUGAAUGGUAUUUUUUUUAGAA